AGACAACAGGUUAAAAUGAUGUAAAAAUAUGAGAAGAAAAAUAAUAGUUAUUUUAAUUUCAGAGAAUAAAAAAUGUUGCUUAAAUAUAUUGGAUCUAUUUUGCCUGCUCAAGAGCAAGAAAACAGAGUAGUGGGAAUUGCAUGGUCACCUAAUAAUUUAAAAUUAGCUGUUGCAUUGUCCGAUCGUGCAAUAUAUUUGUUCGAUGAAAAAGGUGCGAGAAGGGACAAAUUUUCUACAAAGCCGGCUGAUGCCAAGUUUGGUAAGAAAUGUUAUGUGAUCAAGGGCAUCAGUUUUUCACCAGAUUCCACAAAGAUUGCGGUGGGCCAAACGGACAAUAUUCUUUACGUCUAUAAGAUCGGAGAAGAAUGGGGAGAAAAGAAGGUGAUUUGCAACAAAUUCAAUCAAAGUUCAUCAGUGACAUGUCUCGUCUGGCCUUUAGAAGGCCCAAUUGUAGUUGGAUUGGCUGAUGGCAAAGUUCGAGCAGCUUUAGUCAAAUCCAACAAGGCCCAAACUUUGUACGCCGCCGAUUCGAUGACAAUCGCUCUUGCCGUCAACACAAGAGGAACAGGUUUCUUGUCAAGCCAUGCGGAUGGAAGCAUAAUAAGAUUCUUCGUAACAGACGACGGAAAUACGGAGCCUUCAGGUCGAGUGCUUGUUCACAGCAUCCCGGCCUACAGCUUAGCAUGGCCUCAAGGUCACAUCCUGGCAUCAGGAUCUGACAAGAGAAUCAUCUUCUACGACUCUCGUGGCAAGGUGGUUAAAUCUCUAGACUACAGUCGUGAUCCGGAAGAAAAGGAAAUGACGGUGGCCUGCUGUAGUCCCAGUGGACAAAGUGUAGCUGUCGGUUCUUGGGACAAAGUCAGAAUAAUAGACUGGAUUCCUCGACGUUCUGCCUGGGAGGAGACAAAUUGUCGAGUUUUAUCCAAUUUUUAUACAGUUACAUCUCUGGCCUGGCGAAGAGAUGGCUCGAGACUUGUAAUCGGUAGUCUUUGUGGAGCGGUGGAACAGUUCGAGACAAUCCUCAGACGUUCGAUUAUCCGGGGAAGUCAUGAAGUUUCAUAUGUUGGACCGAGUCAAGUUGUGGUCCGUCCUCUGGAGAAUAAGGGCCACCCUGUCAUCAUUAGAUCACAAACCGGAAGCGAGAUAGAAGACGUCAAAGUGCUGGGUCGUAGAGACAACCACGUAAUAGCAAGGACAGCCGUGAGUUUAUUGAUUUGUGACACUGAGUCGAAUCUGCUGAGUGAAAUACCUUGGAGUCACCAAAGAGGCAAAGAAAAGUUUUUCUUUGAGUACUCGUCAGUCUGUUUGAUAUACUGUAGCGGAGAACUCAGUGUCGUAGAAUAUGGCAAGAAUGAGAUCUUGGGCUCAGUUCGUACCGAAGCUGCGAACUCUCAAAUUGUCAGUGUGAGAAUUAAUGAGAGGCACGUGCCUGGAAUGCCAGAAAAUAAAAGAUUAGCCUAUUUACUAGACCCGAAAACCAUUCGAGUCAUAGACAUUCCGACUGGAACAACGAUUAAUAUCGUCAAUCAUGAUGCUAGGGUCGACUGGUUGGAACUGAGUGAAACAGGUCACAGAAUUCUUUCUCGGGAUAAAAGGGGCAGACUCUGGUUGAGCGACGAUCAGGGAGGAAGAAUUCUUCUCUUGGCUGGGACGAGUUUUGCUUCCUGGGUUCCAGAGAGUGAUGUAGUAGUCGCGCAAUCAGAACAUACCUUGGCAGUUUGGUACAAUGUGGACGCGCCCGAGGCAGCGAGCCUAAUUCCAAUUCGAGGAGAGGCGAUUGACAUAACUCGAGAAAAUGGUCAAACGUCAGUAAUGGUAGAAGAGUCAGGGGGAAAAGUGGCCUACCUCCUGGACGAAGGUCUCAUCGAAUUUGGAACAGCUCUCCACGACAACGAUUUUGGCAGGGUCGUCCUCUUUCUCGAGGAAUUCGGCGAUCGACCCCAGGCAGAGGCGAUGUGGGAAAACGUGGCAAGAAACGCCAUGAGCUCCAGGAAUCUGCUGGUAGCUGCAAGAUGUUACGCAGCUCUCGGAGACAUUGCCUGCUCUCGAUUUCUCCAAGAUAUAGUAAAAACUGGUGAAGAAUACGCUCAAGAGACUGGCAAUGAUGCUCUGGCUAGUCCCGAUUGCUGGGCAAAGCUGGCUAUUCUCAAUGGCGAGUUAAAAACCGCAGAGGCAAUUUAUCUCGAGCAGAAUGAACUGACAAAGGCUCUUGACAUGUACCAGAAAUACUGGCACUGGGAAGAUGCACUAGCCCUGGCUCAAAAUCGUGGUUGGUCUGGUGUAUCCGAAUUGAGAGAUAAACACUUGGCUUGGCUGCUUGACAGCGGUCAAACUGCCAAGGCAGCUGCCGUGAUAGAAUCCGAAGAUCCGAGAAGAGCAAUUAAACUGUAUCUGGAAGCUCACCGACCUGGAAGAGCAGCCAGGUUGAUGCUGUCGAAUAGCGAAUUGCUUGAUGAUACUUCUCUGGUCAAUGAAAUCAUCAAAGCUCUCAAGUCGACUUAUCUCAUGGAACUUGCUGGAGAAAUUUUCGAGAGGACUAAUGAUUAUCCUGCUGCCAUCAAAGCAUAUGCCCAGGCUGGAGUUUUUGCACGAGCUCUUGAUCUAGCCAGACAAGCUGAACCCAACUCGGUUGUGAGCCUCGAGAAAGAAUGGGGACAUGCUCUAGUUGAGACUGGUCACUAUGAUGCUGCAAUUAACCAUUUUAUUGAAGCUGGAGAAACGUCUUUGGCUCUGAAUGCUGCUGUGAACGCUCAUCAGUGGAGAAAAGCUCUGCAGAUAAUCCAGGUGAUUGAAACCGACGAUCCAGAAAUAAAGAAGCAGUGCGAGAAGCUUGGAGAGUAUUUCGCGUCUGUGGGCGAACGCAAUUUAGCAGAAAGCCUAUUUAUACGAGGAGGUAAAGCUCAUCGAGCUGUUGAGACACACAUAAAGGCUGGAGAUUGGAUUCGUGCUCAGGAAGUAGCCCUGGGUCAAAUGGAUCCUGAAGAAGCAAAUGAAAUAUUGGCUGGUCACGCGGAAGCUCUGCAAGAGGCUGGUGAUCUGCGACAUGCGGAGGCAUUAUAUGUCGCAAUAGGACAACAUGACUCAGCAAUCGCGAUGUACAGAAAGGCUGGACAUCGAGGGGACAUGAUUAGAUUAGUCACUCAACACAGGUCUGAUUUGCUGCAGACGACUCACGCCCAUUUGGCAAAAGAGUUGGAAGCUGCGGGCAAAAUUCGCGAAGCAGAGGAGCAUUUCUUGGGAGCUGGGGAUUGGAGAGGUGCUGUGACAGCUUACAGGUCUGCCAAUAUGUGGGAGGAUGCACUUCGGGUAGCGAAACAAGCUUCGAGUGAAAAACCUGCCCAACAGGUCGCUCUGAUGUGGGCUCGAACCUUAGCUCCGGAACUUGGUGCCAAGUUACUGGGGAGAUUAAACUACUUGGACCCGUGUCUGGAACUAGCCUGCGAAGCAAGUUUGUUUGAUUGGGCACUGGACGUAGUCAAGUAUGGGACACCGGAUCUGCAGAAAAAAGUGCACUAUCGACAUGCCAUGUAUCUGGAGGACGAGGGUCGCUUUGCUGAAGCUGAGAGAGAAUUUAUCAAAGCUGACAAAGCUCUGGAGGCUGUGCAAAUGUACAUUCACACUCAUGACUGGGAAGCUGCUGAAGAAGUUGCUCGGAAUCACAGUCAGGAGGCUCUUUCACAAGUACUUGUUGCCAGGGCAGCGGAAGCUGUCAAGAGUCAGGAUUACAGCGCUGCUGAGUCUCUCCUGCUCAGAGCACAUAAACCUGAAAGCAUCAUCAACCACUAUAAGAAUGCGGGGAUGUGGUCUGAGGCAAUGAGAGUUUGUCGUGAAUACCUUCCAAGUCAGGAAGCAGCCUUGAGGCGAGAGUUGGGUCAGAAGACUUCUCAGAUUGACGGGGCGAACAAUAUUGAAGAAGCUCGGCGUUGGCUCGAGGUUGGAGAAAUUCGAGCUGCUCUGGAUAUUCUUCUGCUCGAUCCUCAAGCUUCAAGAGCUGCUCUCGUUCAGGCCGCAGAGAUUCUUCUUCAUCAGGCUGAACCUGAUGUCGCUGCUCAUGUAGGUGGAGAUCUGGGUACUCGUUUAUUCAGCGUUGGAGAACACGCUCUUGCUGCACAGGUAUUUCUUCAAGCAGACAGACUAAAGGACGCGAUAAGUUCGCUUGCAGCUAUUGGCGAAUGGGACAGAGCCAAACGUGUAGUUCAAGAACUUGCUCCUGACCUGGAAUACUAUUUGGAAGAAAAAUACAAAGAGGCAAUGAUAAGAGACGACCAAAUAGACAAACUGGCAGAAGUAGAUACGGAGGGGGCUCUGGAAAUUCUUGUGCGCAAGGGUCAGUGGCCCCAAGUUUUCGAAGCAGCAAGUUCAAAGAGUGCAGCCCUCUUGCACAAGUACGUGGCCUUGAGAGCAGCUCAACUGUUAAAAUCUCAAUCGGCAACUCAAGCCCUGCAGCUCUAUGUUCAAUACGGAACACCGCCGAUUACUCAAAACUACAAUCUCUACUACCACCUGGCAGAAACAGUCCUAAACUCUAGCGAGUCAAACAAUGAGUACAGAUACCUCUCCCAACUUCGAGACAUGCUGCUGAACCUGACGAAGAACAUGGACUCGUCGGAGCACUCUUUUCGAUUCGAGAGACUUCUCCGAGCUGCUCAUUACUGUAGUUUCAGAUGUGGCGCACGGCUUUUCACUCCACUCGCCGGACUAGUCGUCAAAACUUCGAUUGUGCUUCUACGAUACUCUGAUAUUUUGAUGGCUGAUCGCUGCUACUAUGAAGCUGGAAUAGACGCCAGAUCUGCUGGACUCAGCAGUGAGGCGUUCGUCUUCCUGAAUCACUUCUUGGACCUGGAAGAGUGUAUCGAGGAAGGCGACGGCAGCAUUCUUGAUGUGGAUGAUCUCAGAGUCACAGACUUUCCUCUUGAGGUUCCUCUUCCUCCCAGUCUGAGUCUGUCCAAGGAUCAACGUGAGGAAGUCAGAGAAUGGGUGCUGACAGUUUCGAUGGACCAGAAAGUGGAACAAGGACUACCCACUGAUCAUCGAGGGACUUAUAUAGGAUCCCUCACGAAUUCCACUGACAAAUCUAAUCCACUCGAGGAAUGCAUUUUAACCGGUUAUCCAAUUCGAGGACCAGUUGUCAAAUUCGAGGGCACGACUCGAGUCGCUGAUCGAGAAGACUGGAACAAGUUGGUCAACGCAGCGAGACAAGCACCUCCAGAUUCUCCACUCAAUGAUAUCUUGGUCUUUGUUCAAGAAUGGUGUGGCGUCAUUCCUAAUUAUUCGUUUUAAUCUAGGGACAGAAAAUUUACAUAAAUAAUAGUGAUUAUAUAUCAAUAUACGUAUUCUCGAGCCUGAGCUCAUUCUGUCCUCUCUUACUCGAAUUAAAAAAAGAAGAUCGUUUUGGGACUCAUUAUUCAUACUUGAGAUUCAGUUUGGAACCAAAGAAUUUAUUAAAAUCUGAUCGCAAUAAGCUACACACAAAAAAGCGACACAAGUUAUUUGAUAAAGAAUAA